AAUUUUGCCUGUUUUCCUCUGCUUGUCCGUCCUGUUCUUAUUUUUCCUAACUGACAAAACAUGAAAUCAGGCAAUUAGCACAGCGACAGAAAACGAACUUAGAAAGGAUUGGUAUUAUUAAAUUGUUGUACAUACGUUGCAACUUGUGUAUCCGAGAGAAAGAGAGAAAGAGAGAGAAAUCAUAGAUGGGCGAAUCAUCAUCAUCAUCAUCAUCAUCAUCAUCGCUAUCGCUGACACAGCAAAUAGGAGUAGCGCCCCUUCUCAAGAGACUCUCCAGGCACUUGACUCGCAAAUUUGCUAAAAUCUUUGUCAUCCUUUCCAAUCACAAGAGUGCUGGAUCUCUUGGGGCCUUGGCAGGUUUUGUUAUUGCUUCAGUUUUUGCUUGGAAGUUCGUGAGAGCCACUGCCGGGCAAAGAAGGCGACAGAAACAAACGAGUGAUGCUGCUGUUGAAGCAACAAAGGUAGUGCUUGGACAAACGGUGAAAAACAAAUUAAAUGGCGCUCGGAAGAUGACUUGUCAGUUGCUUGGUGUAAUUCUUGAAGAGAGUAGUCCUGAGGAACUUCAGCAUCAUGCCACUUUAAGGCCAUCAGUUGUGGAAGUGCUGUUGGGAAUCAGUAGAUUCUGUGACAUCUAUCUUAUUGAAAGAAUUCUUGAUGAUGAAAGUGGGGAAAGGGUUCUAUUAGCUCUGGAAAACACUGGUCUUUUCAAAAGUGGAGGCCUGAUGAAAGACAAGGUACUAUUCUGUAGCACAGACAAUGGAAGACUGUCUUUUGUGCGGCAGUUGGAGCCAGAUUGGCAUGUUGACACAAAUCCUGAUACUCUAUCUCAGCUAGCUAAAUUCAUUAGAUUCCAAUUGUACAUCUCGCCCUCUGGAUCAAGUUCGACAUCUGAGUCAAACAUCUUUGACUCAAAAAGUUUGGAGUCUUUUUUCAAUGAAGAAAGUCUGUAGACCUUGAAAAUCUUACAUGUAGAGAAUGAGAAAUAGGGAACGAGGAAGGUUUAUUACACGCUACUCUCAGAGAUUGCUACCCUUGUGUACAUAUUGUUAUUGAUAUUGUAUUAUGCAGCAACUAUGCUGUAAUCGCAGUAUACUACAAUUAGUGUCCUGAUUCAUUUUCUUAAAUAAAUAAAAGGUGUACUUUACUUAAAGA